UAUAACAAUGCGUCACAUGAUUCUACCUAAGCGCCAGAGGUUCAAGUAAAUACACAGCAAGAUGGCAUCGCACCGGGGAGGAGGCGAUCAAGGCACCAGUGCAGACCAGAUAGUCGAAGUAGGAACUGUUUUGUUACAAGAUUUCAUCUACAAGCGGGUUCAGCGGCACGGAAAUGGAAACACUGAAAUAACCAGGGCACAGCUGGGUGGAGGAGAGCUGAUCAACCCAAAACACAAGAAGCUUGCCCAGUGCCUGCAGCAGAUUGGAGAUGAACUGGAUGGAAAUGUAGAGCUUCAAAGGAUGAUAGAUGACUCCCAGCUCAGUCCCUCCAAAGAUAUAUUUAUGAAGGUUGCCAUUGAGAUCUUUGCAGAUGGAAAAUUCAACUGGGGCAGGGUGGUUGCACUGUUUUACUUUGCCUGUCGACUCGUCAUCAAAGCUAUGGUAACCAAACUUCCUGACAUCAUCAGAACAAUAAUAAGCUGGACUAUGGACUACCUUCAGGAAAAUGUCAUCAACUGGAUCAGGGAGCAAGGUGGCUGGGAGGGCAUUCGGUCCCACUUUGGCACACCCACAUGGCAGACAGUGGGAGUUUUCCUGGCUGGCGUUCUCACCACUGUUCUAGUGAUUCGCAAGUUGUGAGGGAUAUUUGAAGAGAAUGAUGGAAUGAAGCGUCUGAGAGAUAUGGGGGCGGGGACAUGAAAGAGCGUCUGAAAGCAUUCAGGAAGAAGUUAUGGCAGUGAACAAGUCAAACAGGACGAGCUUGUGUUUGGACAAGAAGAGCAUCUCUUUGUUUCUGCCCCCUGUCAUUUCCAAGGAUUGGGAGUAAGACUAAGCACUUUCUCACCCAUAAUCCUAAUGCCAUUGAGGAAGUGAGCGGAGUAUGAUGCACAAAAUGGGGAGGUGAAACGUUUGUCAGGACUCAAACAGGGAAUGCAUUUUAUGUAAUUUAUUUUUUAUUCGGUACAGACAAGAAAUGUCACUGCUUUCGGUUUUUUUUCUGCCCUUAAAGAUAUAUGGACUGAAAAUAUUGAAGUUAUUUAACAUUUUGCUAAAUUUCAUUUCCGUUUAUUUUUCUUGAUUUUCUGUUUAUUAUUAUUUUUUUCCCACACACCAUCCACCUGAUUAUGUUCUCUGUAUGCUCGAGAAUCAGUCUUCAUAUGUAUUUGUGAGUGUGAACUGGUGCUAAUCUGCGUUGAUCUGCUGGCAAUAUUUGUGUUUUAUAUUCACAUUGGGGAAAAGGAUAUUUUUGCAAACAAUUAUUAGAUUUACUAUGAAGGUAAUAGAAAGAAAAAUUACACAUCUGAUAAUAUUUGGGUUAAAAUAACCAAAUUAUUUUUCCCUUUAAGGGACAUCUCAUCAUUUCAGUGGAUAUCAAAAAUGCCAUGCUAGAGACUCGUGUAUAAAGUCAUGUCUGCAUUAACCAUGACUCAUCACAUGAUCUCGGCAAAACUCCUAUGUUCUGUAAAAUUCAAUCAUAUGAUAUGCUCCAUUUGGGCAUUUCAACCAGCAUUGUGACCUAAAGUGCCACCUCUCAUGAACAUUUACUGAGGCCUAUUAAAGACGUUGUACUGCAGACACAGAAAGUGCUCGAUGCUCACAAAUGCUUACCUCAUGUCACACAUAUUCUAAAGUACUGUACGUUUACUUGAGAUAUUCAGACCACAAUCUUCUCUACAGAGCAAAACAUUUUUUAUACAUACUUCUUGUUUGUCAGUGCCUUUGGUGUUUGGCUUCUUUUUCUUUUUACUAUGAAAUCACUUUGAUAUUCUCAAUUUUUCACGUUUUUCUAUUACAUUUGUAAAGCUGAAAUUAGUUUCCAGUCCUCCCUGAAAAUCUUUUUGCUUGUCUGUUGUAAUAUGGAAAAUAAAUCUUUUAACUCUU